CUCUCUCUCUCUCUCUCUCUCUCUCUCUCUCUCUCUCUCGCCCUCUCUCUCCCUGCUGCUCUGUCACACACACACACUCUCACAGAGGGACACACACACACUCCUGUGGUGGUCGGGAUGUGAUCGCGCUCCUGCCUGCCGUCGAUGAUCACAUGGAGCCGCGGGAUUACCAGACGCCGCCGCCAACUCCACGACGCGCAGUCCUCGCUCCCCAGCUGACAGACCAGGAGAGGAGGUGCCAGGAGUAGAGCAGAGGACAGAGGAAGCACCAGGAGUAACCAGGAGGCACCAGGAGGAGAGAGGAGGCACCAGGAGUAACCAGGGGGCACCAGGAGGAGAGAGACCCCGGUGAUGGAGGUGAGCGGUGGGCCGGCGUCUGAACUCCACCCCACAGGAACCACCCUCCCCGCCGAGGCCCUCCGGCCCGGUCCCCAGGCCCCGGCAAACCACGAUGGAGCGGACCCCCCCGCCCACACCCUUCACCACGCGGGCCUGGUACCGGGCCCCCGGGAGCCCCUGAAGGAGGACUCGGUUGGAGGUCCUGGUUCUGUGGAGCAGCCUUGUGCUCAAGUCGCUCCCUCACACAGGUCCCCAGCCGGACCCCUGCUGCACCCCAGUGCCGGACCGGGGACCCCGGUAACUCCCCGGAUGGGAGCCGAGACACACACCUCGUCACACCUCCACCAGGGACACACGAUUUGGGCCAAUAACGGGCUGCAUGUGGGUGGAGGCGGUGGCAGUGGUGGUGGUGGUGGAGGCAGUGUUGUAGGUGGUGGAGGCAGUGGCGGUGGUGGUGGUGGUGGUGGAGGUGACGUUGGCAACAUCCUCCAGAGCCUGCAGCCGGUCCAGAGGAGUCCCUGUGAGACCGCCCAGGUGGAGGUGUGCGGCCACUCCCCUCAGGACCCCGCCUACCAUGCCCAGAAGGCCCAGGGCCAGGUGGUGGUCGCCUGCAAGCCGUCCCCCCGCCUGCAGCGCUGCGAGCUCCUGACCGCCGCCUACCACCACCACGACUCCGGGGGUUGCCCCGCCCAGCUGCUCCAGGGGGGGCACGCCCACCUGUGCGCCCCAGAGGACUGCGUCGCGGUCAACAACCACCACCACCACCACCACCUCCACCACCUCCAUCAGCAGCAGCAGCAGCAGCAGCAGCAACACUGCGAGGAGACGAUCCGCUACGGGUCCUACGCGAACCACGGGGUCCUCGAGGACGGCUUCCCGGCCUGCUGCCACACCCAGCCGCUCCUCGGCCCCGCCCAGCUGCCCCUCUGCCUGGCCAACGUUGAGGGGGGCUGUCAGUACCAGGCGGGGGUGGCGGCCCACCCGGAGACCCCACUCCUGGCCCUCCCGCGCCUCGUAUCGUCCGUCAGCGAGACGGGCCUGGACGCCACGCGCCUGCUGGGCUGCUGCAGCCUCAGCUGCUCCUGGGCCCGCCCCUUCCCCCCCGGGGGCGGGGGCUUCCACGCCUGGACGGAGGAGCGCCAACGCUCCACCUCCCGCCCCAUCAGCCCCGUCGCUGCCGCCAACGCCAAUGCCAACCCCCCCAAGACCGCCGCCGCCCUCCGGGACGCGGGCACCAUGACGGCCCCCCGGGAGGUGAGGGACGUGGGGGUGCAGACCACCCUCCCCGGCCAUGCCCACGUCUUCCCCCAGGUGUGUCUGAUGGAGGAGGGGGCGGGCGGGGCCGAGGGCCCCCCGGACUGGGGGGAGGGUCCCGGCAGCGGCGGGGGUCUCGACGCCAAGCGAGGCUCCCUGAAGUCGCCGGUGAAGGAGGUGAAGUGGGACGCGGAGGGCAUGACCUGGGAGGUGUACGGGGCGGCGGUGGACCCCGAGGAGCUUGGCCUCGCCAUCCAGCGGCACCUGGAGCUGCAGAUCAAGGAGACGGCCAGCCGCGCGGCCAAGCUGUCCCGCCAGGGCACCGCCACCUCGCGCCACAGCUGUGCGGGUGCCAGCGGGAAGGAGUGCGGCAAGAAGAGGGGCCGGGUCCUCCUGGGGUCGUUCAGACCACCCGCCUGCUGCGCACGGACCACCACCGCCGCCGACUGACCACCACCGCCGUCGACUGACCACCACCGCAACUGACCACCAUCGACUGACCACCACCGCCGUCGACUGACCAGCACCGCAACUGACCACCAUCGACUGACCACCACCGCCGUCGACUGACCAGCACCGCAACUGACCACCAUCGACUGACCACCACCGCCGUCGACUGACCAGCACCGCAACUGACCACUAUCGACUGACCACCACCGCCGCCGACUGACCACCACCGCCAUUGACUGACCGCCGCCAAGCUGACAGACUGACGGACUGCUGACCGACUAAUCGUGACCAACUGAGCCAAUGACUGUGACUGACUGACUCUGAGUCACUGACUCUGAUCACCUGACUGGAACCACUGAUUCACUGACUCUGAGUCAGUAGGCGUGUUUCAGAUCAAGCUUCCGUUGCAUUGCCUCGCAUAACAUAACGCAUUCUGGGAUAAAAACUUCAGAAAUGCUGGUGAUAACUUCCCUAUGCGACAUGCCACAUGGGUUUAAAAACUUGCGGGAGCUCCAGGGUAACUCCCUCUGUCUGCUUUUCUGUACAAUGGUCUCAAAUAAAUGCAGACAUAAGACAACCAAUUACGUUGCUGUAAUUGGUUGGAAUUACCAUGUUGAAUUUCCCACGUGAGAAAUGACAUGACUCCUUUCAAAGAGGCGUGCCCUCUCCCAAACUAUGCUUAUAAAGGAUAGACGACUUUGUGAACUUUCACUUCGUCACUCAUCAUGUUAUUUUUUUCUGAGGGAAAGGGGCUUCAAGCUGUUUGCAAUGAAACUACAGUUGGCGAACAAAAUCCCUUGCCUGCACUGGUUGGGCCAUCUUCUUUUUUUCAAACUACGAGAAGUGCACAUGGACCUAUAAAGGAAGUGCACCUGUGUCCGACUUGACGUGGUGGGAACUUGACGUGUUUCUGACUAAUUCCGGCGGAUCUUCUCAAGUCUCGUGCAUGCAUGCGCUCAAAUGCAGGCGGUCAAAAAAUGCAGCCAGUGACUCUGAGUCAGUGACUCUGACCACCUGACUCUGAUCACAUAACUCUGAACACCUGACUCUGAUCAUCUGAAUCUGAUCACCUGACUCUGACCACCUGACUCUGAUCACCUGACUCUUAUCACAUGACUCUGACCAACUGACUCUGACCACCUGACUCUGAUCACCUGACUGCACCUGAGGGCUCGUAGGGACCAAACUGGCCGGCUGCCGACCAGAUUGAACCAGUUCACUGUGUGUAGCUCCUACUGCCAUAUAGAACUGUUCUAUGCCUCAAAUGUCGCCCAAUUGUAUGAUAGAAAAACUAGCAGGGGUGAAGUCUGUAGUAAAGUCAAAGAAUGGUACGUGGAAAUGUUGUCAGUUGAAUGUGACUUGCUAUGUUUGUUUGUGAUGUCCCCCACCCCCCUCCACAUCUAGCAUGAGGUUAGAUGUCACACAGGGUUUGAUGUCACACAUGCUUAGAUGUAACACAGGGUUAGGUGUGGGGGGAGGGGAUCUUGAAAGAUUCUAAAAGGGAUAUCAGUUUGGACUUCAUGAUGUAAAACCACCAAUAGAUCGGUCUUGUCUAAACUCUGGAAUGAUUUCAACAGAACAAAAUCAUUCAUAUUUCAUAAAGUGGUUUGGAGCGUUGUGAAUGUGUGAAUGUGAUUAAAUAGGACAUCAUCCGCCGGUGAUGAAAACGUUCCGAUGUUUCUAACUUCCUGUGAGGGUUCAACGUAGGAAGAGAAGGAGCACCAUGUUUUUGUACUGAAUGAGAAUGAUUAUUAACCUAACUUAGAUGUUGCUUCCCGUUAACUGGGAUGUUAAAAACAUCUGGAACCUCUGGAAUGUACUUCUAGUGACCGGCCGUUGCUGGUUGUCUGAAAUCCUACGGGCUACACCUUUUCUCAUCAGCCUCUCCUGACUGGUUUGUCUUAUCUUAGUAUUACUUCACAGCCAAAGAAUACUUUUUUUCAACGGGAACAGUCCCGUGUGCAUGUGUGUGAACACAUCUAUUCCACCGGUGAACGGAUCAAUUCUAGGCCAACAUUACUGUUUUUAUUGAUGGGUACCACCGUUUCUCUAUCUACACUGUAUAUCUGCUGUCUGCUUCGGUUUCUGCCGCAUAAACAAUGUACCAUCUCUUUAUGGUCGAGGCUAGAGUCAGAGAAAAUAAUGUUGUCUUUCUUGAUUACCUGUGCUGAUAUUUUCUCCCACAGAGGCCGACUGUUUCCAUCCACCGGCAAACCCGUGAGGGAAAGCAGUUUGUCAGUGUGAAUAUUGCUUUAAAAUACCGACAUACAUUGAUGUGUCACUCGUGGUUUACGCACGCUGGAGAACAGAUUGGUCUUGUGGUUCAGGUGUUCAGGCUGAAGGGUUCUGGGUUCAAUUGCCAAUGUUCUCUGGCUACCUGUAGGUGUCUUUGAGCAAGAUGUCCCCUCACCCCUACUUCUCAAUUAUAUUUGUCUAAAUUCUGCUUUUGAGUAAUACUCAACUAAUCCAAAUUGAAUUUGUUUGGACUCCGCCCCUGUGGAGACCACAGUUAAUGAGGGGAAAAGGAGAAUUUAUUUUGGUGUAAUAUGUGGGAUGACAAACCAUGUGUUAUAAUUUACAUUUGAGAUGAAACGUUUGUUCAUGAGAAUGGCUAGCCUGUGCCUUUUGAGAGACAAUGUUUAGUUUGUAAUGUUUCAGGCUUAGUGAGCUAAGUCAUGUUCUGUGAGGGCUUGUGUUAUCUAAUAAAGGAAUACAGAAUACAC